AUGUAUAUAUUCAUUGCAGAAACAAGCCUAAAGUUGAUCCAACUACCGGACGACGAGUUGGACACAUUUCCAAAUUUGGAGAUCCGUACAUAUUCGCAAGCAGAUGGGGAGGAGCCUAGUGAUGAAGAUAGGAAGCUCGUAAUUGAGAAUUUUCACAAGCAUCCUUUGGUCCUAGUUGGUGAUGAUGAAGAAGAAGAUCGUAAUUAUAAUUAUAAAAGACUAGUGUGUGAUAUAUGCACACAAACCAUUACUAUUCCAUCUCCAUUUUACAGAUGCUCUCAACAAACUGGCGGCUGCUCUUUCCUUGCUCAUAAAGUGUGUUCAGAGCUUCUCCCCAUUAUCAAGUUUGAGAUUCCAACUGGUUACAAUUCACUAAAGACACAACCUUUUCUGGACCCGGAAAAAUGGUACUUCAGUUCAAUAUUUCUCUGCGUUUUCUGCUGUCUUCCUACCAAUGCACCUUGCUACUACAUUCGUGAAGAUGAUUUAGGUCUCUUGGUGGUUGAUCUGUCGUGCAUGGCUACCCCAAUGAUUAUAAAGCACAGCUCACACAGCCAACACAUUCUCUUUCGCACCACCCGCCUAUCGCCUCAGGCCUCCCCCAUGACUUGUUGUUCCCGCCGCUCCACCCUUCAUGAUGUCUAUAAGUGCACUACGUGCCAUUUCUACAUUCAUAUAAGGUGUGCCUUACUACCAAAAAGGGUUCAUUUUCGUAAAUUUGAUCAACAUCCUCUGCAUUUGAUCACUACCGCUACUAUUAAUACUGGUAGUGAUCAUGACAUAUGCGAGGUGUGUGAGGAAGGUAUAGAGUGCAAGUAUUGGUUCUACCACUGUGCUAUAUGUGACUACUCUUUCCACGUAAACUGCAUUCCCUCGCUUGGCCAUUUGUCCAAAGUCAAGUUCGGAGGCAAAAGUAGCUUGACUUGUCACUCUCAUCCUCUCACACUUACACGGAUGCUUACUUAUGGAAGAAAUGAGAGGUGUGGGUAUUGUCACCAAAUCAUCCCGGGAUUGGUAGAUCAACCGGCUUUCUCAUGUUCACAAUGCGACUAUUGGAUUCAUUUUUCUUGUGCGAGGGAUUCAUUCACAUCCUCUCACAAUUCUACAUCCUUGGUUUUCGAGGAAAUCGAUGCACAGAAGUGGUAUGAUAUUUUUACAGAAGAUUGA